AUGGAGGAGCUUCCACUUCUUUAUCCAAACGGGGUUUAUUGGGUUCCUUCCCCUCCAAGACAGCAGAGAGAGACUGCUGGAGCGUAUUAUCCUGCUCAAGCUCAGUACCAACCUUCAGUGCCCACCGCACCUGUGAUGAUGAACCCCGCCCAGCAGCAACAGGCUCCACCUCCUCAGCAGCAAGUCCCGCCCCAACAGCACAAAAGGGAGCGCAAACAGAUUAGAAUACGGGACCCGAAUCAGGGAGGACGUGACAUCACGGAAGAGAUCAUGUCUGGAGGAAGGACCACGUCUACGCCCACACCUCCUCAGUCUGUAGGUGUCGAAGUCAGCAGUUCUGCCCAGACAAACGGUGAAAAUGUGACUCCUGCAGCUGUUGCUCCGGUCAUCCGAUUCGAUGAUCAUGUGAAGUCCUUGAGCCCUGCGGCUCGUGCCUCGCCCACUCCGCCUUGUUCAGAUCCUACCCCCGAGCCUAAGUCCGUCCCGGAUAUCCUCGCUGCCCCGGCGGUUCCAGUGCCUCCAGGACAAAGCGAAGACGCUGUUUCCACCCCCUCUCCAUCCUCAUCACCUGCUCCUACAGCUCUCCCCACAGAGCCCACAACGAGUGACUGUGUGGACACCCCUGUGCUUCCUGAAACCACACCCCAAAAGGAGGUGGAGGAGGAAGAGGAGGAGCCUAACUCCGCCCCUGCUGAACAGUCCUGUGUUCACGUUGAAAAUGCUGAGCCAGAAAAGGAGACCGAGCCAUGCAUCGACACGCCACUCUCUGACUCCGCCUGUAUUGUUGUGCCUGCCGAGGAGGACACGUCCCCUGCAGCAGCAACCAACGGGGAGACGGACUCUCACGAUGUCGAGCUCACCCCAACGGCCACGCCCAUUUCUGAGCCUGAGAUCAUCCCGGUGGUCAACGGUCUGCCUCAGGAACUUGAAGAGCUGCAGGAUGAGAAACUCGAGGCAGAACCAGAGCUGAUCGCUGAGCCUGAAGCAGCUGAGGUUCGGGAAAUUGAUGCAAAAACAUCUGCAGAAGAGGAGGAAGAGGAGGGGAGAGUGGAGGAAGAGGUGGGGAGAGUGGAGGAAGAGGCGGAAGACGAGGGGAGAGUGGAGGAAGAAGAGGAGGAGAGACACUGGAAGCCCAUUAAUCCAGAGGAGAAGAAGCAGUACGAUCGGGAAUUCCUCCUGCGCUUCCAGUUCAUCAGUGUGAGCAUGCACAAACCCGAGGGUCUUCCGCACAUCACUGACGUUGUUCUGGACAAGGCUAAUAAAACGCCGCUGCGGCCGUUGGACCCGAGCCGCCUGAUGAACUGUGGGCCAGAUUUCACGCCUUCAUUCGCUAAUCUGGGCAGAGCUCCACUUUUAGGAGGACGAGGACCUCCCCCAGGGCCGCGGCGGUCUCAGCCGGGUCAGCACAAAGAGCCACGCAAAAUCACCGCCAGCGUGUCUCUGAACGAUGACGUGCAGCUGAACAAGGCUGAGAAAGCCUGGAAGCCAGCGGUGAAGAAGUCUCGCGCUGAUGAUGAUGACCCCGAAGCGGUCAAAACUCGGGAGCUGUUCCGGAGAGUGCGCAGCGUCCUGAACAAACUGACACCGCAGAUGUUCCAGCAGCUCAUGAAGCAGGUCACGGAGCUAACCAUUGACACCGAGGAAAGACUCAAAGGAGUCAUCGACCUGAUAUUCGAAAAAGCCAUUUCCGAACCCAACUUCUCCGUCGCUUACGCCAACAUGUGCCGCUGCCUUAUGGGGCUGAAAGUGCCCAUCUCAGAUAAACCGGGAGCCACUGUGAGUUUCCACAAACUGCUGCUGAAUCGCUGCCAGAAGGAGUUCGAGAAGGACAAGGAUGACGACGAGAUCUUCGAGCAGAAGCAGAAGGAGCUGGACGCUGCUACAGAGGAGGAAGUUCGGCAGCGGUUGAACGAGGAGCUGGAGGAAGCGAAGGACCAGGCCCGCCGCCGUUCCCUCGGCAACAUCAAGUUCAUCGGAGAGCUGUUUAAGCUGAAGAUGCUGACGGAGCCGAUCAUGCACGACUGCAUAGUCAAGCUGCUGAAGAACCACGACGAGGAGAGUCUCGAGUGCCUCUGCAGGCUCCUGUCCACCAUCGGCAAGGACCUGGACUUCGAGAAGGCUAAGCCCCGUGUGGACCUGUAUUUCCACCAAAUGGAGAAAAUAAUAAAAGAGAGAAAAACAUCAUCGAGGAUUCGCUUCAUGCUGCAGGACGUGUUGGACCUGAGAAGAAAUAACUGGGUUCCCCGGCGAGGUGACCAGGGCCCCAAAACCAUUGACCAGAUCCAUAAAGAGGCAGAACUGGAGGAACACAGGGAGCAGAUUAAAGUGCAGCAGCAGCUUUUGUCCAAGAAAGACUCGAGUCGAGGAAGAGGAGGCAGACUGAAUCAGCCUCAGGACGAGGGCUGGAACACGGUACCGAUCACCACCAAGAACCGGCCCAUCGACACGUCCCGCCUCAGCAAGAUCACCAAGCCUGGUGCUUUGGAUUUCAACAAUCAGCUGCUUGCUCCUGGAGGAAAGGGAUCAUGGGGCAGUUGGGGUAAAGGGAGCAGCGGUGGAUCUGGAGUCAAAACGAGCACCGAACAAGAUACAGGAAGGCCGACGACGAGCACCCUGAACCGCUUCUCAGCUCUUCAGCAGUCAGGACCUUCAUCCACAUCCUCACUGGACUCUGAGCGCAGAGUUCCUCAAAGGAGCAGCUCGAGUCGAGACCGCAGCGAGCGAGACCGGGAACGCUUUGAUCGAUUGGACCGCCGGGACAGCCGCGAGGACCGAGACCGGGGGCUGGACAGGACGCGUGUCCCCGUAACUAAGCGUAGUUUCAGCAGGGAGAGCGAGGACCGGUCUCGAGGCGGAGAUGUGCGCCGUGUCUCCAGCAUGACGGACGAGAGGGAAUGCAGGAGCCGAGACCGAACCGCCAGCCGAGAGACCGCAGCGAAGCGUGAAACGGCUUCGACGCCACUGCCGGCUCCAAGCAAACCCGCCCUGAGCGAGGAGCAGCUGGAGAAGAAAUCCACCGCCAUCAUCGAGGAGUACCUGCACAUCAACGACCUGAAGGAGGCAGUACAGUGUGUGCAGGAGCUGAACAGCGCGUCUGUGCUCUUUGUGUUUGUGCGUAACGCCGUGGAGUCGACGCUCGAGCGCAGCACCAUCGCCCGAGAGCACAUGGGCCUUCUGCUGCACAAAUUAAUCAGCGCCGCCAUUUUACCUCCUGAGCAGUACUACAGAGGGCUCCGGGAGAUUCUGGAGGUGGCCGAUGAUAUGGCCAUCGAUAUUCCUCACAUCUGGCUGUAUCUGGCGGAAAUCAUCACACCCAUGCUGCAGGAUGGAGGAAUCCCCAUGGGGCCGCUCUUCAGGGAGGUGGCGAAGCCGUUGCUGCCGUUUGGAAAAGCUGCUGUGCUGCUGGUUCACAUCCUCAACCUGCUCUGUAAAGGACUGAGUCACAAAAAAGUUGGCGCCCUGUGGAUUGACGCCAGACUCAACUGGAAGGACUUCCUGCCCGAGGAUGAGGACGUCAACAAGUUUGUGACAGAACAGAAAGUGGAGUUUACGCUGGGGGAGGAGUCUGAGAAGCCGAGUAAGAAGGAGCUGAGCGCUGAGGAGCUGAGCAAGAGCCUCGAGCGACUGAUGUUGGACAAAGCCAACAACCAGAGGAUCCACGACUGGGUGGAGGCGAAUCUCGAUGAGCAGCAGAUGACCUCCAGCUCGUUCGUCCGAGUGCUGAUGACCUCCGUGUGCCAAGCGGCCAUCAUCUGCGAGAACCCGUAUAAGGUGGACGUGGACCAGAUUACCCAGAGGGCCAAGCUGCUGCAGAAGUACCUGGUGGACGAGCAGAAGGAGCUGCAGGCGCUUUACGCUCUCCAGGCUCUCAUGGUGCGACUGGAGCAACCGGCAAAUUUGCUGAGGAUGUUCUUCGACACGCUGUACGAUGAGGACGUGAUUAAGGAGGAAGCGUUCUACAAGUGGGAGUCCAGCAAAGACCCAGCUGAGCAAGUGGGCAAAGGCGUGGCAUGA